GUCCCACUCCUGCGAGCUGCAUGCUUUAUCGUUGCUCGAGACACGCAGCUCAUCAGUCGCUCGCAGUCGCAGCCACACACAACCUCGGCUCGAGAAAACUUGAUCCAACGCCAUGGGCGGCCUCUCCAUGGACCAGGCCUUCGUGCAGGCCCCAGAGCACCGCCCCAAGCCCACCGUCACCGAGGCCAUCGGCAUCCCGCUCAUCGACCUCACGCCCCUGGCUUCCGGCGACGCGGCCGCCGUGGACGCGCUGGCCGCCGAGGUGGGCGCGGCGAGCCGGGACUGGGGCUUCUUCGUGGUGGUGGGCCACGGCGUGCCGGCGGGGGCCGUGGCGCGCGCGACGGAGGCGCAGCGCGCGUUCUUCGCGCUCCCGGCCGAGCGGAAGGCCGCCGUGCGCAGGAGCGAGGCGGAGCCGCUCGGGUACUACGAGUCAGAGCACACCAAGAACGUCAGGGACUGGAAGGAGGUGUACGACCUCGUCCCGCGCGAGCCGCCGCCGCCGGCAGCCGUGGCCGACGGCGAGCUCGUGUUCGCCAACAAGUGGCCUCAAGACCUGCCGGGAUUCAGAGAGGCGUUGGAGGAGUACGUGAAAGCAAUGGAAGAGCUGGCGUUCAAGAUACUGGAGCUGAUCGCCCGAAGCCUGAACCUGAGGCCCGACCGGCUGCACGGCUUCUUCAGGGAUCAGACCACCUUCAUCCGGCUCAACCACUACCCUCCCUGCCCGAGCCCCGACCUCGCCCUCGGCGUGGGCCGGCACAAGGACGCCGGGGCCCUAACCAUCCUGUACCAGGACGACGUCGGCGGGCUCGACGUCCGGCGGCGCUCCGACGGCGAGUGGGUCCGCGUCAAGCCCGUCCCCAACUCGUUCAUCAUCAACGUCGGCGACGUCAUCCAGGUGUGGAGCAACGACAGGUACGAGAGCGCGGAGCACCGGGUGUCGGUGAACUCGGCGAGGGAGCGGUUCUCCAUGCCCUACUUCUUCAACCCGGCGAGCUACACCAUGGUGGAGCCGGUGGUGGAGCUGGUGAGCGAGGAGAACCCGGCCCGGUACGACGCCUACAACUGGGGCGACUUCUUCAGCACCAGGAAGAACAGCAACUUCAAGAAGCUGGACGUGGAGAACAUCCAGAUCGCGCAUUUCAAGAAGAGCGCCGCCUAGGACAUAGAGAUCCGUGCUGCUGCGGGCGUCAGAAAGGCGGCCGUGUAUGUCGUCUUCGGGUUCAGAGACUGGCAGUAGAUAAGAAAUAUCUGUGCGUGUUCUGUAACUGAAAUCGUGAUGUAACGUACUUUGGCAUGCUUGGAAUAACAGCCGUGUUGGUCGACCUGGUUUAUCUCCACUGCAAGAAUCAAAACUUAGUUCA